GUGCGCGGGGCUCUUGGGCGAGUAACUGUCGCUAUCCGGCUACCUCAGUGUAAAUAAUCACCUCUAUAUCAUCAUUGUGGUUAGAAAUUCUAUCAGCAAAGAUAUGGCGGUUAUAGAAAGAGUGACUGCAAUUAGAUGUGAAAUUUAGUUCAUACGAAGACAGGUUUAACAAGACCAGAUGGGCAAGACGUUGAUUAUUGUUGUAGGAAGAGUGUAGGUGGAAGUUUUGAGGCGGACGAGUACGGCGGCAGCGACGGUGAAGGAGAGGCGAUGACGGGGCUACGACAGAGGCUGCUGGUGGAGGGGUGGAGCGGCACUUGGAACCGCAUGUCCCGCACCAAGAAAGUGGCCACCGAUGUCAUGGAGACGCCACUCAAUAGGUGCCUCUCCACCCUCGACAUCACACUCUUAGGUAUUGGGCACAUGGUGGGGGCGGGAAUCUAUGUCCUGACGGGCACAGUGGCCAAGGACACGGCCGGGCCCGCCAUUAUCCUCUCCUUCCUCCUGGCGGGGUUUGCUUCACUACUCUCCGCCCUGUGCUAUGCCGAGUUCGGGGCCAGGGUGCCUAAGGCCGGGUCUGCCUACGUCUACACCUACGUUACCAUCGGCGAGUUCUGGGCCUUCGUCAUUGGCUGGAACAUUGUCCUCGAACAUAUGAUAGGUGCAGCAUCAGUGGCCCGGGCUUGGUCAGGCUAUGUGGAUUCUCUUUUUGAUGGUGCUCUGAGCAAUGCAACAAUGACCCACAUUGGUGUGCUGCACGCUGGCCUCCUCGCACCCUACCCGGACUUCCUGGCCUUCGCUGUGACACUGGCCUACUGUGGUUUUCUCACUAUGGGUGUCAAGGGUUCAGCUUACUUUAAUUCAGUUUUUACCCUCAUCAAUCUUUGUGUCAUGGCAUUUGUAAUUGUGGUUGGUAUGACAUAUGCAGACAUUGCCAACUGGUCAGCAGGGGAUGGGUUUAUGGCAUAUGGAGUCUCGGGAGUAAUUUCUGGAGCUGCUACCUGCUUCUAUGCCUUUGUUGGCUUUGACAGCAUAGCCACAGCAGGUGAAGAGGCCAAGAACCCAGCCAGGUCUAUUCCCAGAGCCACACUUGUAUCCAUGAGUGUAGUGACGGUCGGUUACGUCUUGGUGGGUGGCACACUCACCCUUAUGGUGCCUUACUACAACCUAAACCCUGCUGCUGCCCUCCCUGAUGCCUUUGCUGUCCAUGGUGCUAACUGGGCCAAGUAUGUGGUGAGUGUGGGUGCCCUUUGUGGCAUGACCACCACACUCUUUGGCUCGCUCUUCAGUCUUCCACGCUGUGUGUACGCCAUGGCUGUAGAUGGUCUCCUUUUCUCCUGGUUGGCUCGUGUCUCGGAUAAAACAAAGGUGCCCAUCAUCACCCUUAUGCUGUGUGGCUUUUUCUCAGCACUCAUCGCUCUUCUCUUUGACAUUGAGAAGCUGGUGGAGUUCAUGAGCAUCGGUACCCUCAUGGCAUAUACCAUCGUCAGUGCCUCCGUCAUCAUCCUGCGUUACCAGCCCGCCUCCAGAUGUAACAUAAAGAGUCCCUCACACAAGCAGGCCACACCUACUCCUGGAGCUCUGCCCACACCUACCACACCCAUGGAUGACCUGGGCAAAGCUGAUGGUGAGGGAGGAGAGUUAAGGUCAUCAUGCCGCUGGUUGCUACCACUGGUGGGGCAGCGGGAGGAGGGAGUGGUGGUGACCUGGGCGGUGGUCAUCUUUACCAUGUCCAGUUCUGCUCUCUCUUGUCUGUGGCAGUUUGGUGGCAACUUCCUUGCUUUGCCAUACCCAUCUGCCUGGGCAAUUAUACUUGCUGUUUUGAUAACCUUUUUAUUGAUCUUCAGUGUGGUGUUAAUUGUAGCCCAUCGCCAGAAUCACAUUAUUUUGAGCUUCAGUGUGCCGCUGGUCCCUCUCGUUCCCCUCGUCUCGAUCUUCUUCAAUGUGGCUCUUAUGGUCCACCUCAACCCCAUGACCUGGAUCCGGUUUGUUGUCUGGAUGGUUAUAGGUCUUCUGGUGUACUUCAUAUAUGGUCAGCAUCAUUCAUGUGAGGCUGAGCCAGUCAGCAGCUACUCCACCUUACUGACAGAACCAACACCCGCAGGCAAUACCGUCUUUGGCUCUGUCCAGCACACGCUCUCCCACGUCACCGCCAAGAUCGCUUCUGCUGCCACUGAAGACAAGAAACCGAUUGUUGAUCAAGAAGAGUUAGGGGACAAUGACUUGUAAAUAGCCCCUUUUGUUAAUAAUAUGAGGUACAGGUAUAGGAUGAAGACUUGUAAAUAGGCUAGAUGGUCAACAAACUGGACUGCAAAAUCUUUCUUUCUUCUCUUUAAGCAUAUAACCUGAACCUCACCAGACCUGAGGAUAAUAGAUUAGUCUUGGUUGUUUGAGUAAAUUUGAUAUGUUGUACAGCACCUGAAAAAUUAUUAAUUUGGCAGUCCAGUGUAUGGUAAUAUAUUUUAACAUUGACCAUCUUGCUAUAACAUGGCUCCACCAAGAUUUAAGUCUCUCAUUUGAUCACAAGGUCUUUUAAGUUUGUCAUCAGCUAGGAGAAUGUAGUUCUCUCAGGUGACAACAAAAUCAUUUAAAUAAUUUGUCUCUUAACCUAACCCAAAUGUUGAGCUGUAUUGUUGCCCUUAAUAACCAAAAGUACGCAAUUGAUGUAAAUCAUAAAUGUUGUUGAUAAAUUGUCAGGUUUAGUUGUGAUAUGAAGAAGAUAUUCCUUGUAUUGUAUAUUCUCUCCUUUAUAUUGUUUGUCUGUA